GAUUUAGCCCUAAUAGUCUGAGUGGAGUAAGAAGAUGCAACUGCAGAAGUCUUAGUCCGCCAAAACACAGAGCAGCAGCAAGUGACAUAUAGAGAAGAAGAGACGAAAAUGGCUGGAGAAAAUCACUCCGGAGAUAAUUUUCCAACGACGCCAGAAUCUCCAACUUCAGCAGGAUUCCCAACUGAUCAACUUCCUCCUAAUACCAACACCAGUGAUUUCGACGACGAUGAAGAAGAAGCCGCUGUUGAUCCUCAAAUCGUGCGAGACGAACCCGAAGAUAUUGAAGAGGAAGAUGAUGGCGAAGAUCUUUACAACGAUGACUUCUUCCAUGAUUACCAGGCUUUGGGAGAGCAAGAUCAGUAUGAAGGGGAGGGGCUUAAUGAUUCGAUGGAAGAUGAGAGAGAUUUGGAUCAAAUUAUGAAGGAUCGUAGAGCGGCUGAAAUGGAUCUCGAAGCUCGUGAUGCUCAAACUUCUCGUAAUCGCAAACUUCCUCAGCUUCUUCAUGACCAGGAUACAGACGAUGAUAACUUCAGGCCUCCAAAAAGGUCUAGAGCAGACUUUCGUUCCCAUGUUGGUCGUAGCUACGAUGACACUGAUGCUGAGCAAAGCUCACCUGGAAGAUCACAGCAUGGGCACUCUAGAGAGGAUGUACCGAUGACUGAUCCAACAGAUGAUGAGCCUUAUGAGGAUGAUGAUGAUGGUGAGGGGGACUUUGAGAUGUACAAAGUUCAAGGAACAUUAAGGGAGUGGGUGACAAGAGAUGAAGUACGUCGCUUCAUUGGCAAGAAAUUCAAGGACUUUUUACUUUCUUAUGUAAACACGAAGAAUGAGCAAGGAGACUAUUUAUAUGUCCGGCUGAUAAAUGAGAUGGUGUCAGCAAAUAAAUGUAGCUUGGAGAUUGAUUACAAACAGUUCAUCUAUGUUCAUCCAAAUAUUGCCAUUUGGCUUGCUGAUGCUCCACAAUCUGUCUUGGAGGUCAUGGAGGAAGUUGCUAAAAAGGUUGUUUUCGAUUUACAUCCCAACUACAAAAAUAUUCAGCAGAAGAUCUAUGUCCGCAUCACAAAUUUGCCAGUUUAUGACCAGAUUCGUAACAUAAGACAGAUACACUUGAAUACCAUGAUUCGUAUUGGGGGAGUGGUUACUCGUCGUUCUGGGGUCUUCCCUCAGUUGCAGCAGGUGAAGUAUGACUGCAACAAGUGUGGGUCUGUUCUGGGGCCCUUUUUUCAGAACUCCUUUUCGGAAGUUAAGGUUGGCUCUUGCCCAGAAUGUCAGUCAAAAGGACCAUUUACCAUCAAUGUUGAGCAGACUAUAUACAGGAAUUAUCAAAAACUUACUCUCCAAGAAAGUCCAGGAAUUGUCCCAGCUGGACGACUUCCAAGAUACAAGGAAGUGAUAUUAUUGAAUGAUCUGAUAGAUUGUGCUCGACCUGGAGAAGAAAUUGAAGUCACUGGAAUUUAUACAAAUAAUUUUGACUUGUCGUUGAAUACAAAAAAUGGUUUUCCAGUCUUUGCUACAGUAGUUGAAGCUAAUUAUGUAGCCAAGAAGCAGGACCUCUUUUCUGCUUACAAACUGACUCAAGAAGAUAAAGAGGAAAUCGAAAAGUUGGCUAAAGACCCCAGGAUUGGAGAAAGGAUUGUCAAGUCCAUUGCCCCAUCAAUUUAUGGCCAUGAAGAUAUUAAGACUGCAUUGGCACUAGCAAUGUUUGGAGGCCAAGAAAAGAAUGUUGAAGGAAAACACCGUCUGCGAGGGGAUAUAAACGUGCUUCUCCUUGGUGACCCAGGAACAGCAAAGUCUCAAUUUCUCAAGUAUGCUGAGAAGACAGGACAGAGGGCUGUUUAUACUACAGGGAAAGGAGCUUCGGCUGUAGGUCUCACAGCGGCAGUGCAUAAGGAUCCUGUGACCCGGGAAUGGACUCUAGAAGGUGGAGCACUUGUUCUAGCGGAUAGAGGCAUCUGCCUCAUUGAUGAAUUCGACAAGAUGAAUGACCAGGACAGAGUAAGUAUCCACGAAGCAAUGGAGCAGCAGAGUAUAAGCAUAUCAAAAGCUGGAAUUGUGACUUCACUCCAGGCUCGGUGCUCUGUCAUUGCUGCUGCAAAUCCAAUUGGGGGAAGGUAUGAUUCUUCCAAAACAUUCUCACAGAAUGUUGAUUUGACAGAUCCCAUCUUAUCUCGUUUCGACAUCCUGUGUGUUGUUAAGGAUGUGGUUGAUCCUAUUAUCGAUGAGAUGCUAGCAAAAUUUGUUGUAGAUAGUCAUUUCAAAUCAAAACCCAGUGGGGCAACCAUAGAUGACAAGUCGAGUAAUUCUCAGGAAGAGGCAGACCCCUUGGCUAAUAUAGUUGAUUCUGAGAUUAUUUCUCAGGAUUUGCUCAAAAAGUACAUAACAUAUGCGAAGUUGAAUGUAUUCCCUAGAUUGCAUGAUGCUGACUUGGAUAAACUUACACAUGUCUAUGCUGAAUUGCGGAGGGAAUCUUCUCAUGGACAAGGUGUCCCAAUUGCAGUGAGGCACAUUGAAUCUAUGAUUCGAAUGUCUGAAUCACAUGCCAGAAUGCACCUGAGACAGCAUGUUACACAGGAGGAUGUUGACAUGGCGAUUUGUAUCUUGCUUAAUUCCUUCAUUUCAACACAAAAAUUUGGAGUGCAGAAAGCUCUACAAAAGAGUUUUAAGAAGUAUAUGACUUACAAGAAGGAUUAUAAUGAAUUGCUCCUGCAUCUUCUACGGGGACUUGUGAAGGAUGCACUGCAUUUUGAAGAGAUUGUGUCUGGUUCUGCUUCAAAUCUUACUCAUGUUGAUGUGAAGGUUGAAGAGUUGCAACAUAAGGCUCGUGACUAUGAAAUAUAUGAUCUGGAACCCUUCUUUUCUAGCAGUCAGUUUGAGAAGGCCAAUUUUAAGCUCGAUGAGGAAAGGGCAGUUAUUAGGCAUCCACUAGCUAGAGAAUGAUAGAUGUAUUGCUUUUUAUGAGUUCAAUAUAAUGUUUAUAAAAACAGAUGUUUUAAUUUUGAGGAUCAAUUUGGAUAAACUUGAAUGCAAUGUUAUUGCGCAAUUUAGAAGGUGCACUGACUCAAGUGCAUAAUGUUCA